AUGGAAGGGGUCACAGUGGAGUCGGCUGAGAGGCUGGUGACCUUUGAAGAUGUGGCCGUGUAUUUCACUGCGAGGCAGGGGGCUCUACUGGACCCGGACCAAAUAGCCUUAUACAAGGAAGUCAUGAUGGAGAAUUUCGGGAACGUGGUGUCCUUGGGAUAUCCAGUCGCAAAGCCUGACCUCAUCUCCCAGAUGGAACAAGGAGAAGACCCCUGGGUGCCUGAUGAAAAAGAGAUCUCUGACAACAAUUCAGGUGACCUUAUGGAAAAGGACUCGUGCCCUCAGUGUGGGAAAGGUUUUGUUGUCGUGUACCAGAGAGUUCUUAUGGGGAAGAAAUCCUGUCGAUGCUUGGCAUGUGGAAAUGUUUUUGCUCACCAGCUGGACCGUGUGACCCAACAGGGAAUCCAUGUUAGUGAGAGCACCUAUAAAUGUCUGGAAUGUGGAGACUGUUUUGAACAGCACGCUGCCUUUGUGAGCCACUGGAGGGUCCACACAGGAGAGGAACCUUACGAAUGCCUGGAAUGUGGGAAAAGUUUUCCUCGACCUUCAGCCCUGGUGAAACAUUGUCGAGUCCACACAGCGGAAAGACCCUACGUGUGUUUGGAGUGUGGGAGGUGUUUUGCGCAACAGUCCUAUCUUCUCACCCACAAGAAAAUCCACACGAGAGAAAAACCCCACAAAUGCUUGCAGUGUGGAGAAUGUUUUCCUGAUAACCCAGCCUUUGUGAGGCACCGGCGAGUCCACACAGGGAGGAAACCUUACAAAUGCUCAGAAUGCGGGAAAUGUUUUGCUGACAGAUCACACGUGGUGAAUCACCUGAGAGUCCACAAAGGAGCGAACCCUUAUAAAUGCUCAGAGUGUGGGGAAUCUUUUGACCAACACUCUGCCCUCGUCAGCCACUGGAUGUUCCAUACAGGGGAACAACCUUAUGAGUGCCUGGAGUGUGGGAAAUGUUUUCCUCGGCCCUCGGCUCUUGUGAAACACUGCAGAGUCCACACUGCUGAAAAGCCUUUCACAUGCUUGGAGUGUGGGAAAUUUUUUGCCCAACAGUCAGGUCUUGUAAAACACCAGCGAGUCCACACAGGGGAGAAACCUUAUGCGUGCUUGGCAUGUGGGAAAUGUUUUGCUGACAGCUCCUCUCUGGCAAGGCACAAAAGGGUUCACACAGGAGAGAAACCCUAUAAAUGCUCAGAGUGCGGGAAGUGUUUUUCGGACAGGUCGAAUGUUUUGGCUCAUAUGCGCGUCCAUACGGGAGAGAAACCUUACAAGUGCUUAGAGUGUGGGAAAUGUUUUUCCCAUCGAUCGCACAUUGUAAAACACCAGAAAUUCCACAUGAAAGAGAAACUCUCAAAAUACCAGCAGCCUUUGGGGGUAGCCACAUCUGAAUUACCUCUUCAUAGGACUGUCAAAGUAGAAGUUCUCUAAACUCUAGGGAAAGGCAUUUGCUGUAAAUUAUCAG